AUGACAAAACAUCACCUCGGCAAUGCCUUCAAGAAGGAAGCGACGCCCGAAGCCGUCGCCAUCCGGCCAGCUGCCGGCCGGCCAGCCACCGAGGACAAGGCAUUAGCCCGGAGCUUAUCACGCCAUCCUGCUUCAUGCUUCUGGCCAGACCACCUCCCUUUCCUCAACCACCAUCACCAUCACGGCCGCCACACCCGCUCCAGCCCGAGACCGCACCGCCGGCCGACCUCCGGGCGCCGGCAGAAGCACCACCGUGCCCCUCACGGCCACCCCAAACCUCCCGCAGCACCAGUCACCCACACCACUACCGAAACUGCAGCCAUGCCUCCGCGCCACUCCAACACGCCCCUGGGAGGGCCACCGCCCUGGCCCACGGACGCCGGCGAGCUCCAGCCGCUGCAGAUCUGGGCGGAAGCGCCCAGCACAGAAGCACUGCUCCACUGCAGCCUCCAAAGCACCCCCGGCACAUGGCCAGCCGCCGUGAGCACGACCUCCAUCACGCCGCAGCAGCCUGCAGCCCCGAGCUGCUCCAAGCCGCCGACGCUGCCGAAACAGCCCGCGCGCGCCGACGCCGCUCCAUGCCGAGCUCCCGCUGCAGACCAGGGAACUCGCGCUCCUCCGCUGCAGGCACCUCCACUCUACGCUCGCCCCUGCCUCCACGCCUUGACGCCGAGCCGCGAGCCGGCGUCGCCGCCGCCGCCGCUCGAGGCCAGCCUCAGCCCGCGCAUCCGCCGGAUCUCGACGAAGAGGCACGCCCGCGCCGCGCUCCACGGAUCAGACCCAGGAGCACCGCUGACAACCAACAGGGACGCCAGAGAUGCAGGUGUACACAGCCCGACCACGCCCAGAUGGGCUCAGACCUGGCCCGCCUACCCGCAGCCAUGCCCGUCCACCGCUGGAGUUCACCGAGGAGCCCUGGCCGCCACCGCCGCCUGCAGCAGUGCCGUAGAUGGCCGAAGCGGGCGCCGCUGCCACCACGCCAUGCCGGCGACCGAGGAGAUCCGCCGCCGCCACCACGCCAAACGGGCUUUGCCCGGCGGCGCCUCCGGCAGCGGCGGUGGGCGGGGAUGA